AUGCCGCGCCUAUCUCCGUAUUGCAGAAUUGAUUGCAGCGAGUCCGGUCCGGUCUGUGCAGCACCCAGGGUGUUUCUAUUGAUAUUUAUUAUCUUUAUCUACUCUAUCUACUACUUGCCGUCAAUACCCUCGAACUUUACGACAUUAAUAAUGGAUUGUCCCUCUGGGUCUUUUCCUCCCUGCUCGUCCUUCGCUUCCUCUUCCGGUGGUGUCGAGCCGCGGGCCCGUCUUGUCUACUCGAAUCCCUUACACAUUGCCCCAACUUCCCCGUUUCCAUCACAGAACCAUGGGCUAGGAAUUUCAUACUGUGACCCAGAGCCUUCUACCAGCUAUCCGCCACAAUACCCGUCAUCAGAAAGUUGUACCGCAGAUUGGGCCCAACCAAUACCGGCAACAAUCUCCUUCGGAUGCUCGUUGAAUACUACAAGCCUUACAUCGGCGGGAACGUUCUACGAGCGCUACGCCGGAUCUGAGGCUUCUGCUUCACCUCUCAGCUACUGUGGCCCGCAAGCAAUGAGCACUUCAUCGAGUCGCGGAUCAGCAUUGGACUUUCGAGCAGGACCAGAUGCAAUAAACACACGCCCGUACAACCUUUGGCCGAAUACCCCUUGCUCAGAGCCUGACACCAGCAUAAAAGAAGACCCCGACGCUGAUUACCACGACAGCUCGUACCCGGAGCAUACACAACCUACUUCCAUCCCUCUCUUUGCCCCUGUGGCACAGCAAAGUACAGACAACUUUUUUCCCAAACUCGAAAGCUUUGAAGGCGAUAGCAGAGGCCCUACAGUAAUAAGCCAUGAUACCGACCCUAAUAUACCGACAACAACAUCGACAUUCCCAGUUGGGGUAAUCCCCCCAUGGAGCACGGACAAUGAGAUACCAUCUGAGCACGAUCAAAUGAGGUUUCCGCCUGCGAGUGGACUCGAAUGUACCAUUUGCGGGACUCGGUUUACUCGUCGUUCAAACUGUCGGGAACAUAUGAGGAGGCAUGACCCUAACGCGAGAAAGUCAUUCCCUUGCGAAGACUGUGGGAAGUCCCUGGGGCGGAAAACUGAUCUUAAAAGGCAUAUCGAUAGUGUCCAUCGAGGGAUUAGAAAGUACGCGUGUGAACAAUGUGGUGCUCGCUUCAGUCGUCAGGAUACACUUGUAAGGCAUGUAUCAGAUGGGUGCAGACGCGGUCGGAGAUUCAGCGACUCUACCUGGAGAGCUGGGGAAAGUCGUUCUCCCAGCCGGCACGAUCUAUCAUAA